AUGGCGCAAAUCUACCUGCUCUACCUGCUCCAUACCUUUGGUCCCCACUCAGCGUACUCGUCACGCGACGCCUCGCCAGGUCUGCGCGCAGAACCAUGCGACCCGUUCCACGAUCCAAUCGAGCUGUCCUACUGGUCACGACCAUCUUUGGAUGCACAGAAUUCGCGCAGCUCGCACGAACAACCUCUAAAAGAUGAGCGACGCAGACGGUCUCAUGAAAGCUCGCGCUCUAGAGCAUAUCUUCUCCCAAUACAAAGCAACACCCAGUAUGUGCCGAUAUCAGGUCGACAGGAGAGCCCUCCGCCCUCAGUGCGCUCAGAACGAGAGUCGAUGUUCUCGAUGAACUCGCUAUAUCAGACAAAGAUAAUGGACGCUGGCACACAAGCUCUAGUGGAUAAGAGGGUUGGAGAGUUGGCACAAUGGCACAUACACUGGACGACCUCUGCGAUCAUAGCAUCUUUGUUUGUGGCAGGAGUUAUAGGCGCUGUGAAGCAUCACUUCUUCUAUGCACAUCUGAACGGCAAGCCAGCAACAGAGCAACUCAUGAUGACAACGCACAUGGCACACCCUUCGAAAGAAGGCUAUGACUAUCAUGGCAUCGACGGCCUUUUGUCUGCGACAGAAGACCCCACGAUGUUCUUUCUGAACUGGAAGAUGGUCAGGCAUGGCAAGCUAGCCACAUUGAUGGCGAUCUGCACAACGUGCAGGCUUAUACCGAUAGCUUCCAUCCUGUCUCCAGCUUCACUCACACCCCAGCGGAGACCUACAAUCAUGACUAUGAUCUGCCCAGCUGUUGCGACACUCAACUUGACGCGUGAAGCUGUAUUCGACUUUCGGGAAGAGCAACAUAGUAACUCGCUUGGCAACUCGCUCAUCUACUACAACAAAACAGACCCAAGCGGGCUGCGAGAUAGGUACUUCGACUACUAUGAUCAGCCUUCGAAAAUUGCUCCGGGGCUGGCGUUUAGUAGCGCAGCUCAGUUCUGCGGCACAGGCUGGAAUCGCACGUAUAUGAUCAAUUUCAUGGCUCUGGGAUACAAAUGUGACGACGUGAGCGACGCUGUACCUAACGACGCGCCGUUCACGAUCGAUCAGAUUGCACCGCAGGGCAAUUUUAUUUACCAUGCUGAGGUCGAUGAAGACGACUACAAGAGACCUCAGACGUCGACUACUGAAGGCGUACCAGAUCCAGGAUAUCCGGAAUCGCUUGGCGUCAUCGAAGACGAGCCAAAGACUCGCCAUACACUUAAAAAUUGGAUUUGGGUGCACGAACCCAAGAUGUUCAAGUGCGUGAUGCACCACACCAACUAUACCUUCGAAAUGCGCUACCGCCCCGCGCAAAAUGCAACACUCAAGCAACGCUACUUUCUCUACCCCGUUAUCAAUACAACCCUCACAUCCGCUCCAAACAACGACAGUCCAUUCAUUGCAACCCUACCCUCCGCCUUCACUAAUCCCCGCACCAACACCACCGCCUACAAACUCGCCGCAGCAUACCACUCCAUGGGCACCAUGCUGCACACCUUCCUGCGCGGCGACAUCGAAAAGACCUUCGACACAUUCAUCAUCACACGCUCCGACAUCCCCGAGACGCGGCUCAUGGACGGCCGGACAUCGUACCCACAGUCCAACCUCAUGGACGCAGUCCAGGACUUGUUUGAAGAUAUGUUGCUCACUUUGCUAUCGAAACUGACGCUUGUAGCGGCUGAGAUGGUUCCUGUAGAAUGUGUGAAGAGUAGGACGAUGAUUGUGUAUAUUUAUUUGCCGUCGAGUUUGUGGAUUGGGUAUGCGAUUGCGGCGAUUUAUAAGAAUGCUGUUGCGAGUGAUACCUUGUUCUCGCGCAUCUUGGUUACAACAAGAAACCCUAUGCUGGAUCAUAUCAGUGUCGGUGCGUGUCUAGGCGGCGACCCGUUUCCGAGAGAACUAAGGGAGACGAAGUUGAGGUUUGAUAGGUUGAAUUGCUGUUUUGGAACGAGGGGCGAGACGGGGGAUAUUUUUGAGAGGCAUAGUUUUACGGGGUUGAGGAGGGCUCGUAGUGAGGUGGGGAGUAAGGAGAAGAAGGGGUUGCAUUGA